CCCUCACCCUCACCCCACGCCUGCCUUGCCUACGGUCGCAUGGCAGCGCUACCAGGGAGCUGGGGCUCAGAGCCAGCCCCCAGGGAAGGAGGAGGAGGAGGAUCAUGAAGCUCGGACCCGCGGCCGCGCCGAGCGGCUGGCAGCAAGAGGACGAGACGGAGCAGCCCCCACCCCGGAGACAGCCGGACGCCGCCGAGAAGCAGCAACAGCCUCAGCCGCCGCCGCCGCAGCAGCGACAGCAGCGCCGGACUCGGUCAGAGGAGAAAGAGGAGGAGGAGGAGGAGGAGGGGGGGGAGGAAGAGGAGGAGGACGGCGACGAAGAGGAGAAGGAGGCAGAGGAGGAAGAAGAGGAAGAAGAGCAAGGGAUCAGCCCUAACCUCCAGUUCUCCCUGCCCUCGCUGCCCUCCAGCAGGGGCCUUUAAUGGAGCCAAGGCGAGGGGACCUUGGAUUUACAAGCUACAGCAAGGGUGGUCUGGGAGCCGAGAUCAUGUAACCCACCCCUUCUUUCCUCCUCCCCCCCUUCCACACACCCUAUUUUUCUUCCCUUUUAAGCUCACCUCCCUCAUUCCUUAGGGAGGGACCUCCACGCUCAGGAAGGAGCCAGCACUGCAAGAGUUAAACGUGCUUUCCAAUCUCUCUCCCCACCCACCCUCACCCCAAGAGCGACCACCACCUAGUCUCUCUUUCCGAACCUCCUAUCUUCUCUUAAAAAGAAAAAAAAAUCUUUAUUGUCCAAAAGCCUUCCCUACCCUCUCCACCCCUUUGGCAGCAGAGGCAAAGCACAAUUCCCUAUUUCAAUAACCUAAAUCUUCCUAACUCAACUCUGCUCCUACUAGCCUCUCUGGUGCUUCUGGGAUUAAUCUCCCCAACUCUCUUCACCUAGGGCUUGAAACUUCCAACACACCAUCCCCUCCCAGCCCUAUUCCCUAUUACCUGAAGAAAGUCCACUCCCUUUACAUACACUCAUAACCAUUUAUCAAGAGUAGGUUUUCCCUGAGUUGAGCUCAGUCCAUUUCCUCAAUUGAUUUAAACUCUUCCUGCCCUAGCCCCUCUAAUCCAAAAGAAAGACACCUCCACUCCUUACUAGGACUUUGAGGAGAAUUGAAUAAUUCUCCAGCCCCUACCCUACCUCCAUUCCAAGGGAAUUCCCAGCUAAAAAAGCUUUGGGCUAAAGGCCCAGUCUUCUCAUCCCCACUCCACAGUCCCUCUGUUGACCUACCCUACCCACUCAGCCCCAGUUCAAAGACAGAGAGGAGACUUCCUUGUCCAAACCAAGCCCUGGGUUUGAGGGAAGAAAGAAGAUAAAGACAUUUUUUUCUUUUGGGGGUGGGGGUAGGGGGUGGGGGGGGAGGGUUUAGUGACAACAGAUCAUAGGAAGUUCACCCCUCAGGGGUAUUUAGCAUUUUGUGAUUUGGAGGAAAUUUAAGAGAGGGGAGUGACAAAGUAAACUCCCCCUCAACCCCAUAGCACAAUACACUGUGGUCCCCACACCUCCAUCCAGUCCCCCAUUCCCCAAAGACUCCAGUUGGGAGCUCAGCCCUCUCUCUACCAUAGGCACAUGCUAAUGCCCCUGAGUGGGUUCCUCUGGUGGUGGUGGUGCUGCUGCUGGUACUGCUGUGGAGGGUGUUACCAGGCUCCCCAGAUGUUGCGCCACCAGGGUCUCCUCAAGUGCCGAUGUCGCAUGCUCUUCAAUGACCUGAAGGUCUUCUUGCUUCGGCGCCCACCGCCGACCCCGCUGCCCAUGCACGGUGACCCCCAGCCCCCUGGCUUGGCAGCCAAUAACAACACCCUCCCAGCCCUGGGUGCUGGUGGAUGGGUAGGCUGGAGGGGUCCUCGAGAGGGGGCCGGUGGGGAGAUCCCUCCUCUGCCACCUCCACCACCCUUGCCACCCUCCUCUGCAGAGGACGACUGGGGUGGCCAGGUUGUGGAGCCACCUGCCUCCCUGCUUAGCAGCACCUCUUCAGAUGACUUCUGUAAGGGGAAGGCUGAGGACCGCUAUUCACUUGGCAGCAGCUUGGACAGUGGCAUGAGGACCCCCCUCUGCAGGAUCUGCUUCCAGGGCCCUGAACAGGGGGAGCUGCUGAGUCCCUGUCGCUGUGACGGGUCAGUCAAGUGUACACAUCAGCCCUGCCUGAUCAAGUGGAUCAGCGAGAGGGGCUGCUGGAGCUGUGAAUUGUGUUACUACAAGUACCACGUCAUUGCCAUAAGCACAAAGAAUCCUCUGCAGUGGCAGGCCAUUUCUCUGACGGUCAUUGAGAAAGUCCAGAUUGCAGCAGCCAUCCUGGGUUCUCUCUUCCUCAUUGCCAGCAUCUCUUGGCUCAUCUGGUCCACCUUCAGUCCCUCGGCCAAAUGGCAGCGCCAGGACCUCCUCUUCCAGAUCUGCUAUGGGAUGUAUGGCUUCAUGGACGUGGUGUGCAUAGGCCUGAUCAUCCACGAGGGGCCAUCUGUGUACCGGAUCUUUAAACGAUGGCAGGCUGUGAACCAGCAGUGGAAAGUGCUGAACUAUGACAAGACAAAGGACAUCGAGGACCAGAAGGCCGGGGGCAGGACAAACCCCAGGACCUCCUCAUCCACACAGGCUGAUGCCGCAGCCUCCUCAGAAGAGGAGGCUGUGGGCAACCCUGCCCCGGGCGAUGGCGGCAGCGGAGGCGGGAACCGGGCCCCCAGCCACCCCUCUGGCCCUCUGGCCGAUCACCACUGUGCUUACACCAUCCUGCACAUCUUGAGUCACCUGAGACCUCAUGAGCAGCGGAACCCCCCUGGUGGCAACCGAGAGCUUGUCAUGAGGGUCACCACGGUCUGAGAGCAGGGAGCGGGAGGGAGGCCUUAACCUUGAGAGCCUGGGAGCCCUAGACCAGCCGGAAGGAAGGAGAGGGAGCAGAGGUGGACACACAUGGGCACUCAUCACCAGAGGGGUGGGAGAGCAGGCUGGAGAGGGUGCAGGAUGAGGAGAGGAGGGGAAAGUGGGAAGAAGGAGGCAGCGUGCCUUCAUGGAAGUCCUCCAAGGUGUCAGCCUGGUCUGGUCCCAGGCCAGAUGGAGCUAAGGAGCCCUCUGGGCAUUUGGUGUUUUCCAGGUAGUAAACUCUCCUUAACAAGAACAACAGAAACAAACAAAAAAAAAAAUACAAACUCAACAAUUAAAGUACAGCACAACCUAAAACAAAAACACACAGGAACACACACAUGCACACACCGGCAGAUACAUACAGGCAGACACACACAUCCAGACACACAGGUGGACAUACAUGGGUAAACACACACAUGCAGACACAUGCUGGGCCACAUGCAGGAACACACGCAAAACAGCAGAGAUGGGGGCCACAAUGGUGUGUCUAAUGGCAGUGCUGCCAAGAGCAGUAGCUCUCGACACACGCAUGGAAGCGUGCACAUGCACAUACAUGCACACACAUGCACAUGUGAAGGGAGAUAAAGCGUGAAGAUGAUUGAAAGAUGACAAGUAUUUGUUGCCCUGUUUUGUUUCUGUCUUUGGGUUUGUUUCGUUCUCCCUAGGCCAUGGGCAAUGGAC